CGGCUCACGCCUUCCUCCUGCGUCUCUUGUCUUUAAAUAUUCAUUCAAGAUGUCGACCAAAAAGAGCCGAAAGGGAAAGCGGAACCGCACGCAGCGGUACACGUCCAAUGUGUUUGCCAUGUUCAACCAAGCACAAAUUCAGGAAUUCAAGGAAGCUUUCAACAUAAUUGAUCAGAACAGAGACGGUUAUGUUGACAAAGAUGAUUUGCUGGACAUCCAGACAUCUCUUGGCAAAAACCCCACAGAAGAUGAGGCUGAUAUGAUGAUUAACAUGGCCCCUGGUCCCAUCAAUUUCACAAUGUUCCUUACAUUGUUCGGUGAAAAACUUAAUGGUACAGACCCUGAAGAUGUGAUCAAAAAUGCUUUCGCUUGUUUUGAUUUUGAAAAUUCAGGUCACAUCAAUGAAGACUAUCUGCGAGAAUGUCUUGUUACUAUGGGAGACCGGUGGUCCGAAGAAAUGGUCGAUGAGCUCUUCCACGGUGCUCCAAUCAAAGGCGGCAAGUUUGACUACCUUGAGUUCACAAGAACUCUGAAACAUGGUGCCAAUGAGAAAGAAGAUGAAAUUCCCACAAUACAGCAACCUCCAGUUAACCAAUCAGAAACCUGAACUGGUUUUAGCUUUAAUUAUUUUUUUUUAACGAGGACUUUUAUCUUUUUUUUUUUUCUUUUAAUAAAUCCAUGAAAUAAU